UAUGGAUCUGGACCAAUCAGAUGGCACGCACGAUGGUUGCGCGACAGCUGCAUGACGUAGUACGUUUAGGUUGUGACUUGUGUGUUACGGAAAUGAGAUGACAAGCUCAACGUUACUCACACAUUUCACAAGUAAUAGAUGAGAAAAAACAAGUUCAGUGGAAAGAUAUUUGACUAACAGUUACAGAGCAGCUGGCAGGGGUUCGGUGUUUUGCUCAAGGACAAUUAAACAAGGUUGCUGUUCAGAUGAGGAAGGCUGGCCUGGUUGACCCUGUGUGUCACCCUCUGUUGCCAUGGCAAAGCCCUAUUUUCCCACAUUCCUGCUCCUCCUUUUUCUGUCCUCCUCCACCCUCUUGCUUCUGACCCUCCUGCCCUCCGUUGCUCCAUCGAUUCCCUUUUUUUCCUCCACUCCUACCUCGCCUUGGAGGUCACUCUCCUGCGGCCUGGGUCAGUCCUGGGCUGUCCGGCUCCACGCUGGCCCACAUCAUGAGGAAGAAGAUGGUGAACAGAGCUCUGUGCACCUGGAUGUGAUAGCUGAUAGGGUAGCAGAGCAGGCUGGGCUGCAGAACCAGGGCCAGAUUGGAGAGCUGGAAGGCCACUACCUGAUGUGUUCUGUCAAGCCUGGAACUGGAUCUGUGGCUGGUGUUUGGAGCAAGAGUGUCCAGCCUGGUGAUGUCCUGGCAGCCCACCCUCAUGUCCUGUGGCACUCCCAGGAGAGAGUGCUUAGCCGCUCUAAGAGAUCAUUGGCCUUCAACGAUCCCUGCUACCCUAAACAGUGGCACCUGCACAAUGAACUCAAUAAGGGUAUGGACAUCAACGUAACAGGAGUGUGGGAGCGCAACAUCACUGGCCGAGGAGUCACGGUGGUGGUGGUAGAUGAUGGGGUGGAACACACCCACCAGGACAUCCAUCCCAACUAUAGUCCAGAGGGCAGUUAUGACCUGAACUCCAAUGACCCAGACCCCAUGCCUCACCCAGACAUCCGCAGCGACAACCACCACGGGACGCGAUGUGCCGGAGAGAUUGCAGCUGUUCCCAACAACAGCUUCUGUGCCGUAGGGGUGGCCUACGGCAGCAAGGUGGCAGGUAUUAGAGUGCUGGACGGCCCACUGACAGACAGCUUGGAGGCCAUAGCCUUCAACAAGCACUACCAGGUCAACGACAUCUACAGCUGCAGUUGGGGUCCAGAUGAUGACGGGCACACUGUGGAUGGACCCCAUCCCCUGGGCAAGGCGGCGCUGCAGCACGGGGUGAUUGCAGGCAGACAAGGCUUCGGCAGCAUCUUUGUGGUUGCCAGUGGCAAUGGAGGUCAAUACAAUGACAACUGCAACUAUGAUGGAUACGCCAACUCCAUCUACACCAUCACAGUCGGAGCGGUCGAUGAGAAAGGCAAGAUGCCCUUCUACGCUGAAGAGUGUGCGUCCAUGCUGGCUGUUACUUUCAGCAGCGGGGGGAGUCCGCUGAGGAGCAUUGUGACAUCAGACUGGUCCAUGCAGAAAGGGACUGGCUGUACGGAUGGUCACACCGGCACGUCUGCCGCGGCCCCCCUGGCGGCAGGAAUGGUGGCCCUCAUGCUGCAGGUCCGUCCCUGUCUCAGCUGGAGGGACGUCCAGCACAUCAUCACCUUCACUGCCACCAAGUGUGACAACACUGCAGACUGGAGGGUGAAUGGAGCCGGUUUCCAUCACAGCCAUCAACACGGCUUCGGUCUGCUCAACGCAUGGAGACUCGUCAAUGCUGCCAAGGUAUGGGAGUCAGUGCCGUUCCUUGUGUCCUAUCAGAGCUCAGUAAUAAAGGAGGAAGCGUCCAUCCCGACCUAUCUCGACGAGCUGGUCCGCACCUGGAAUGUUUCUGCUGCUGACCUGAGACAGUCUGGAAUGGAGACACUGGAGCACGUGGCCAUUACCUUGACGAUAACGCACCCUUGCCGUGGCAACGUGGAGAUUGUGUUGGUCUGCCCUAGCGGUAUGACAUCAAUCAUUGGGGCACGCCGUGCCAUCGACAGAGACCCUGCAGGCUACCAGGACUGGACUUUCUCCACUGUGCGCUGCUGGGGAGAGAGAGCUGAAGGCCAGUACACCCUGAAGAUAUCUGACCACAAGCCGUCGCCUGACCAGUGUGCCACUGUGGGAGUGUUGAAGCAGUGGGCGUUGACCCUGUAUGGUUCCUCUAUGACCUACAGCGAGGUCAAGGACAGACAGAGGCUGGUGGAGGAGGCUAUGAGUGGUAAUUAUCUGGACAGCAGCUUCUCUCUGCCCUGCCCUCCAGGCCUGGAUAUCCCUCCAGAGAUCGUCAGCCCCUUCACCUCCAACAGCCUCAAGCAAACUCAAUAUAUUGGUAACCAGACUGCUCACCCCUUUAGAAAAUCAACAUUAAAGUUCUUGCUGUUGCUGGGCUGCUUUGCUCUUUUCUGGUCUCUCUACUCCACACUGGAGGUCACACUGGCCCACCUGGACCUCAGGGGCCUUCUCUGCCUGCGCAGAAGACAGGGAGGUCACCAAGCCAGGAGGGGGCUCCGAGGGAGAGGAGUGGAGGAGGCAAUGGUGGAGGAUGGGGAGGAAGAAGAGCGGGAUUCAGGGGUGGAGUUGCAUGCAGUGCUGGACUCCAAGGCCAAAGCGUUGCUUUUAAAUGGAGAGCAGCUGGCAACAUAGCACUGAGCCAGAUGAUGGGUCUAAAACUUCUCUCUGUCUGUGCUCAUGGGACGUCUCAGGCUUUCAACUUCUCUUCCCCACCCACCUAUCCUCCAGUCAACCUUAUCUGUGGUGGUGGGGGGUCACAGUGUGGAUUGCAGAUGAACUUCACUGAAGAGCAGACUCUUGUCUGCAAUCCCCAAACACGCGGCCUUGUAUAAAAAUCUGUGUUUGUGCCGUGACAGUACAUGCAGGAAUAUGUGUGUUCUUGUACUUCUGUCGCUCUAACAAAUGUCCUCAUAAAGUAAGAAAAAAUUAGCUGAAUCCUCCAAUGUGAGGAUAUUUUAUCAGUCCUCGGGUUACAUUUCCCAUCAAGGAUAGGUUUGGGUUAGAGCAUGUACUGGAGAGGGACCUAACAGGCUUUAAUGUCCCAGUACAAUUGCAUGUUUGCAUGUUGUGAAAGUGUCUAUACAGGCUUGUCUGUAUGUAAAUGUGUACCCAGAAAGGAACUGAGCUUACAGAUUGGUGGGAUACACUUUACGGACACCUGUGGGGUCAUUAAACCAAGAGACAGAUGUGGAAAAAAAGCUGUGUUUGAGUGUGUGUGUGUGUUGUGACAUCUGUGUGUGUGUUGUGAGUGAGUGGGUGGGCUUGUAAUAUGCAAGGUCUUCCUUGAAGAAGUGUCCUCAAAUGUGAGGUUCCUAGAGGGUACUAAUGUAUUUUAAGAAUAAGAUUUAUUUUCUGAGGUGAUAUUUGAUGUAUUUGAUUUUUAAGUUUGGGGUUAUUAUCUGUGGGUUAUCAACCAACUACUGAUGAAAACUUGAAGUGGGAUUUUCAAGUGUGGGAUUUGUAGAUGUAUUUUUUUAUGAAGUGUAAUAUAUACACAUUGUGUGCCUGCUGUACAGAUAUAUACCGACUGUGUUUAAUGAUUUAUACAAAGUGUUUUUAAGAAUGCAUUAAAGAGUUCUAAUUUUUUAAUGGAAAGGAGUGUUUGGUGUGAAGUUGGAAACUGUGGUUUGCUGAGCAAGUCACAGGUAAUCUGAAUGAUAAUAAAAGACUGUUGGCAGAAUA